UAGCUUGGUGUACAGUAGUAUCACUUCAGUCUUUAACAGAAGAGCUGUCUUUACUUCGAAUUCAAUCAGUGUCUGCUAGAAAACGUAAACCUGAAAAGGCAGGAAACGUGUUGUGAUCAGCUGGCUACAGGGCAACCGAGAGGAUGACUGCAGGCAUUUUUGAAGAUUGUGUGUUUUUCAUUAAAGUGAAUCACUUGUCCUUUAAAGAAAAAAAAUGUUUAAAAGAAAAAAUUUCUUCAAAUGGUGGAGCCAUUUCAUAUGUUCUCAAUGGAAAGUGUACACAUUUUAUUGCGAAUAAUGCCAGUUCACUUAGCAGUUCCCAUUUGAAAAAGAUUGAGAAGCAUCAGAUCUCACUUGUCGACACAGAGUUCAUAUGGAAAUGUAUCGAAGAGAACCAACUUCUUGAAGAAACUUCUAACCUGGAAAAACCAAUUAAUGUUCUUCUGGAAAAAGUCAAAACUAUACAAGAUUUUCAUUACAAGAAGAAUCUUUCACCUGCUGCAAAUACUUUAUCUGACUUCAAAGAAGAAAUACUUGACAGGGAAUAUGGAGAUUUCGAAGAAGACAAAUCGACUUCAGAGAAUGCUGAAGUGGCAAAAUACUGUUUUCUUCAAAAAGAUACAGAAGGAGCAAUUUUAGAGCUGCUGUGCUUUAAAGAGGACAGCUCAUUUCCAUUUAAAAUAUCUACACGUUCUGGACCUCUUGAUGGAUCAGAGAUAGAAUAUACAUUUUACCUGGCGACAAAUUCCAAGAAAGCUUGUGAAAGAUAUGAAAGUCGUAUCAAAGACCUUAAAAAUAAAGGCUUCAAAAUAAAUGAUGUGACCCCACCAGAGGCCAAGCUCUUAGCAUCAGAAGCUCUUCAAAGGGUGUUGCUGGAAGAGGCUAUUAAUUCCACUACGAUAUCCAGAGAAGUUGGAUACUUUGUGGAGUCAGUCUGGCUGGAUGCUCUGGGUCAUCUUCACAAUCUGCUUUCCUGUCCACUGAGAAGCAUCAGCCUCAAUGAUGUUGCCAAAGCAGAGGGCAUUUUGCUCCAGGCGAAAAUUGCUGUGGCCAAUUCUGCAACGCCAGGGGAAAUGUUGCAGUUCAUGAAUGAAUUUUAUCGGCUUAUUCCUCACAAACCUGUCCCAAAUGAACUUAUUACCAAGGAGUAUUUAACAAAAAAGCAGGAGCUAUGUCAGCUUAUUCGAGACACACUUAAUGUUUGUGAAACAUCACCAUCAGCACAUUAUCCAAGUACCAUUGCGAAAUAUAAAGCACUGAGAUGCAGCAUUGAGCUAGUUGAUAGAGAUACCAAAGAAUUUACUCAAGUGGAAGAACAGAUUCUGGGGGAAAACUACAGUGAUGAGUCCAUUAAAAUUUUAAACAUAUUCCGAAUUGGGAGAUUGAGUGAAGCCUUCAAUUUUCAGAGUAAACUGGAAAAUGUUAAGCCCUUACUCCACUCUUCCUCAACACGCAAGUUUGUUGGAAUUCUCUCUCGCGGGCUAUUAUUACCAAAAGUAAUUUCUGAAGAUUUUGGAUAUAAAAGAACCGAUCUUGGAAACCUUGGAAGUGGCAUUUAUUUCACAGAUUCCAUAAGCUCCAGUCUCAAAUACUCGGAGCCCAGUUACACUACUGGAGCACGACUCUUGGUAGUCUGUGAUGUGGCUCUAGGAAUCUCCAAAGAUUUCUACAAAAAAGACUAUACGAUAACUGAGCCUCCUGAUGGCUUUCACAGUGUACAUGGUGUAAGAAGAGUGGAAGGUGUGCAGUCAGAAUUUGAGGAUGAUGAAUUUGUGGUGUAUAACGGCAAUCAAGUAAAAAUGAGAUAUGCAGUUCAGUUUUGUACCAGUCACGAUAGUGUGUCCCUGGAAACCAACUUACUAAACAUUGAGCUUGAGGAAAAAAUAGAAGAUACUGAUGAUGAAGUGCCAGAGCUGUUAGAUGAGUCUGUCUUAGGUGACCGAUACGAAGAACGUACCAUAAAAGGUGGUCUUCAAAACAACAACGGUGAGCAAAUUCCUUUGGAAAGGAUCCAUGUGAAAGCUAAAGUGAUGGAUACCAUUGCUCAGGUUGUGAUUUUCCAAACUUAUAAAAACAAUUCCUUGAGCCCUAUUGAGGCGAAGUAUGUAUUUCCACUGGAUAACACGGCAACAGUAUGUGGUUUUGAAGCAUUUAUCAAUGGAAAGCACAUUGUGGGAGAGGUUAAAGAAAAACAGCAAGCCCACAAGGAAUACAGAACCGCUAUAAGUGAAGGUCACGGUGCUUAUCUCAUGGAUCAAGAUGACCCAGAUAUCUUCACUGUGAGCGUUGGGAAUCUGCCUGCAAAUGCUACUGUGAUUAUUAAAAUCACUUACAUAACAGAACUGAGUAUACAAAAUGAUAAUUGCCAAUUCGAGAUUCCUGGAGAUAUUGCCGCUUGGCAAAAGGAUAAAACUUUAAAUGAGAAUACUCAGGACACAGUAUCAAGAGUGGGCAUUAAGGAAGGAGGUGUAAAAAAGGGGUGUUUCUUUUUGGAUAUGUCUUUGGACAUGUCAUGCAAAAUAGUCGCCAUGAACUGUUGGACACACAAAAUUAUUGUAAAAAAAACAGAUUGCAAAGCUGUAAUCCAAACCAAAAAAGGCAGCUCCUUCACUGAGACUGGGUUUAUAUUAUCUAUUGACAUGGAAAACAUCUGCAAUCCAAGAAUGUGGGUAGAAAAACACCCGGAAAAGGACAGUGAGGCAUGUAUGCUCAUAUUUACACCUGAAUUUCCCUAUCCAAAUGAAACCGUUGUUUCAACCAUAUGUCUCGAUUGUUCCAAUUCAAUGAAGGAAUGUUUCCAAGAAGCUCAAUUACUUGCUCUGCAACUUCUUCCCUAUCAUCUGUUUGGAGAAUUUAACAUAAUCAAAUUUGGUUCAACCUUCAAAGAAUUUGGUUUCUAUUCAAGAGAGCAAAAUGAUUUGUCAGAAAUGCAGAUGUUUAUAAAGAGGGCGAAACCGAACAUGGGAAACACAGAGUUUUGGAAGCCUCUGCACUCUGUGAGUUUACUUGCCCAACAAACAGGAGUGCAUAAUAUCAUUUUAAUAUCCGACGGCCACAUUCAAAAUGAAAGCGCUAUCUUACAGAUUCUUAAAAGAAAUUCAGGAAAAAUUAGGUUGUUCAUUUGUGGUAUUGGCACUACAGCAAACCGCACCAUGUUAAGGCGUUUGUCGCAGCACGGAGGUGGAAUGUUUCAGUAUUUUGAUGUCACAGCUAUGAAGAAGUGGCAUAAUAAGUUGGACAAAAUUAGAAACAACUUGGACAAUAAGACAUGUUCCUCUGUCUCCGUUAAAUGGACACAAUUUAAUGAACAUCCUCAGAAAUUUUACCAAGCUCCAUCAAAUAUAUCAGCUCUCUUCCCAUACGAUCAACUUCUUGUUUAUGGGUUUAUUCGUCACUGCACUCAGGCCAAACUGAAAGCUAUGUUUGAGGAUAAAGAGUAUGAAACCGUGGUAUCCACAACAGAAUUACAGAAGACAACGGGAACACUGUUGCACAAGCUCACAGCCAGAGCUCUAAUUAGAGAUUUUGAGGAAGGAUUGCUGCAUGAAGACGAUGAUAAACAAGAGAUGGAAAAGGAGAUGAGCAAGAGGAGAAUUAUUGAGCUCAGCAAGGAAUAUUCCAUUUUAACUCAAUUUACAAGUUUUGUUGCAGUGGAAAAACGGGAAGCUGAUGAAAGCCAACAAGAUAUUGAACCAGAUAUUAUGGAAAUAAUAUGUGCAGAAGAUGUGGAUAUCUUGCCAUAUAUGACGUGGGAGGAUGAUGCACCUACAGAAACUGAAAGUCGAGAAGAAACUGACAGCACUCAUGAUGAAGAAAUGGUUUAUGAGUGUAUGUCAAGUCCAAGUACGAGCCACAUAAAAAACGCAGUGCUUGAAUCCGAAGAGGACAUGAUUACGAAUGACAAUGAAUGUGGAGAUGACGUGGACGUUGAUGCCUUUGGAAGACUGUUUGCUAAAGGUGUUGGGCUUCGAGGAGAAUCUUUAGAUAGUAUACUUCCAGGCAUAGAAAGAGAUUAUUUCACCGCGAGAUCAAGACAGAUUUUACAUCGAGAGGAAGUUACGCUUCGUCCAUCAUCUGUUCAUGGAUCACAUGGGACACCUGCACCACUUGCAAGAACCUUAGGAAAAUCUGCUUUCAGCUUAACAGGAACAUUGUUUCAAACAGAACCAGAACCAGAACUAUUAGCUGGGGGAUCCGUAUUUGGCAGCCCUGCUCUUUUUCCUUCAAAUGAAACAACUUCAAAGCGAGGGAUAUCUAAAUCACAGUCUAUGGGUUUUUCACUUGCCUCUAAUCUUCAACCACCACCACCACCACCAGCAGCAGCAGCUCAGACAUUUGGAAGCUCUGUUAACUGGGAAGCUUUUGGUUCACCUGGUAGAUCACCUGCACCACUAGCAACAACCUUAGGAGAAUCUGCUUUGGGCUUUGGGCUUUGGGAACCAGAACCAUUAGCUGGUGGAUCAUUAUUUGGCAGCACUGCUCGAUUUCCUUUAAUUAAACCAACUCUACAGCCACAGAAAUCUAGAUCAGAGUCUGUGGAUUUUUCAUUUGGGGCUAAACUUCCACCAAGAGCACCACCACCAGCAACAGCCCAGACAUUUGGAAGUUCUGCUAACUUAAUAGCAAUCCCUUUUGGGUUACCUGCACCACCAGCAACAACCUUAGAAAAAAAUGUUUUCGGCUUAACAGAAACAUCUUUUCCAGAAGAAACCGUACCAUUAGUUGGUGAAUCAUUAUUUGGCCGUGCUGCUUCUGUUUCCUCAAAUGAAACCACUUCAGUGCCACAGAAAUCCAAAUGCCAGAUGCCAUCAUCUCCACAAUUUCUACGUUCUAGACGCACUUUAUCCAGUGUAACAACCCACUUGACAGCAAUACAUGAUGCACCACCAAAACAAUUCAUGCAAAAACUUGAUUUGAGCUUAAAAGCAGCAUCUCUUGAAUCAGAACCACCAGUGCCAUUAGCUUAUGGAGCAUUAUUGUACCCCUCAGCUCUGCUUUCCGAAAAAUCUUUAAAUUUUAGAUGUAGAAAAAUGAGUCCGCCAUCAUGGUUGCCACUCUCUGAUCUCCAAACCGAGGAAGGAUACUGGAUGCUGAGUCCUGAUCUCGGAAACAUACUAUAUAUUAACGUACCUUACAUGGUUGAUGUUUUCCUAAUUAAAAAAGGCAUCUCUUCUUUGGGAACCAGAGGAAGGGAAGAUAUUUGUAGGCUAAUUGCCACUCUUCUUGUGCUGCAAGCAGUACGUUGCCACAAUUUGAUUAAUUUGAUCAACUUCAAGUCGUUAAUGAAACUAGAUGACUCCUCUCACAUAAGUGAAUACUACCCAUCUGUUGAUAAAGCAAUCAAAUGGGCACGGAAAGCAGACCAACAAUACCCAGGCAUCUGUGUCCGACUUGGUUUGGGGAGAGACUGGGAUUUUGCAACAAAACAGUUACUGAGAAUUGAACCAAUGAAGCCAUCUUCUGAACUCCAUCCAGCUUUGCGAAUGAUAUAACCAGAGAAAGCUUAGAUAAUAUUACAUUAUGCAUUUGGUAAUCAAUGAGCAUAUUUUUCGUACAGACGCUACUUCCAAAAUGCACUGACCCCUUUUAUCUGCGGGACACUCAGUCCCGAUUUGGGGGCUCCUAUAAUCAUCCCACGUUUGUUCUGUGAUUGCUUUAGAGCAGAGCCAUCUUUAAUAUUGAUUGGACCCUGGGUAAAGCAUUUGCUUGGGCCCCCUGGAUCAUGGCCCCCCUCCAGCCCCUCUCAUGCAUUCAUGCCCUCCACUGCAACACA